GAGAGAGAAGGGAGGAAGGAAACCUGAUUAAGGGAGAGAAGCGCAGCAUCUCCAGGACCCAAAUAAACAGAAUGAAGUGGCUCAGGUUCCCUCCUUUGACCAUCUCCUUAUUCCUGAAGUUGCCACCUGUUCUCCAGGUCUGAAAGUUAAAAGCUCCACCUUUUGUGACAAGGAUCGAAACCAACCUUGGAGAAGAAGGGAAAGAGAAAGUAAAACAGCAGUUGGUUCCUUCUCUCAUAGAAAUGCCUCACAACUUAGUGGCAGAAAAUGGCUUCAAGUGUACCCAGAAUCUUAUUUUUUCUAGCACAUCCGACCCUGUGGAUAUAAGCCUUACCUUUGAUACUCCCAGCCCUAAGGAAUCCUGCAACACCCCGCUUAGCAAUGGCACCUUUUACUCCAACGCAAACAGCCCUUCGGACUCUUGCGUGAAACCGCUCUGCGAUGCAGAAUCUGAAAAUGACAGCCAGUUCAAUGCAGGCCUUAAAUAUGUCUCCUCCGAAGGAGAGCCUCUCGUGUGUGGGUGGGGGGGCUUCACUCCCAAUUGUUUACAGUUUUUCAACACCCCCCGAGGAGUCUUGUUCUUUCUCUGCGUGGCUUCUUUCCUACAAGGGAUGACAGUGAACGGUUUUAUUAAUACGGUCAUCACCUCGAUAGAGCGGCGAUUCGACCUGCGGAGCUAUGAGAGCGGGCUGAUUGCCAGCUCCUACGACAUCGCCGCCUGCGUCUGCUUGACAUUUGUUAGCUAUUUUGGGGGGAACGGCCAUAAACCGCGGUGGCUUGGCUGGGGGGUGUUGAUCAUGGGGAUUGGGUCCAUCGUCUUUGCAUUGCCCCAGUUCACCACUAGCCAAUAUGACGUACAUUUCUCAGAGGAGACCGGCAUGUGUGCUUCCAAUCAGAGCAUGAGGUGCUCGGAAAGCGUCUCUAGUCUCUCCAAUUACCGUUUCGUCUUCAUGCUUGGGCAGUUCCUUCAUGGGAUCGGAGCAACACCACUUUAUACCCUGGGGGUGACUUAUCUGGAUGAGAACGUCAAGUCCAACUACUCUCCUGUGUACAUCGCCAUUUUCUAUACUGCUGCUAUAUUGGGGCCUGCAGCUGGUUAUCUGGUUGGAGGAGUCUUUCUGAAUAUUUUCACAGAAAUUGGGAGACAAAUUGACCUUACUCCAGAGAACACUCUCUGGGUUGGAGCUUGGUGGAUCGGAUUCCUGGGGGCAGGGGCUGGUUCCCUUUUGAUCGCAAUCCCCAUCUUAGGCUACCCUCACCGCCUGCCAGGUUCUCAACGCUACAUCGUCAUGAGGGUUUCAGAAGUCCAUCAGCUGAAAGACGGUAGUCACAAAACAGCCUCAGACCCCGAUUUUGGAAAGACAGUUAAAGACCUUCCACGGUCAGUACUGCUGCUACUAAAGAACCCAACUUUCAUCUUCCUUUGCUUAGCUGGAGCAACAGAGGCAACACUCAUUGCCGGCAUGUCUACCUUCGGUCCCAAGUUUCUGGAAUCCCAGUUUAGCUUAAGUGCCUCAGAAGCAGCUACCUUAUUUGGUUACCUUGUGGUUCCAGCUGGAGGAGGCGGUACAUUCCUAGGAGGCUUCAUUGUGAACAAAUUUAAGCUGCGUUGUUCAGGGAUCAUUAAGUUCUGUUUGUUUUGCACCCUGUCAAGUUUGCUAGCUAUUUUCAUCUUUUUCAUUGAUUGCCCCAAUAUGCCCAUGGCUGGAGUAACACAGAUGUAUGACGGAAGUGUCUUACUAGAAGGGCGUCCCAACCUGUCCGCCCCUUGUAAUACAGCAUGUGGCUGCCUGCGAGAAAUGUACAGUCCAGUAUGUGGGGAUGACAACAUCAUGUAUUACUCACCCUGCCAUGCCGGAUGCAAGAAAGUGUCAACGAGUCACAACAGAGAGAAAAAGGUUUAUCACGAGUGCAGUUGCAUCCUGGAGCAUGGUGCCCCUUCAUCAGGUUUGGCUACAGCUGGAAAGUGUUCCUCAUCAUGUGACAGAAGGACCCUCCUCCUGGUUUUCAUUUUUGUUGUCAUUCUCUUCACAUUCCUAAGCAGCAUCCCAGCUCUGACAGCUACUUUAAGAUGUGUUUCAGACCGGCAACGAUCUUUUGCACUUGGGAUCCAGUGGAUCGUAGUGAGGACACUAGGUGGCAUUCCAGGACCAAUUGCUUUCGGGUCUAUGAUAGACAGGUCAUGUCUCCUCUGGCAGAACCAGUGUGGUGAACAAGGGUCUUGCUAUGUGUACCAGAACUUUGCCAUGAGUCGAUACACUUUGAUUGCUGGUCUUAUAUACAAGGUGAUGGGAUCAUUCUUUUUUCUACUUGCCUGCGUGCUCUACAAACCACCUCCCGCAGAAUCCCUCCAAGGCAGCUCGGAGACCUCUGAAAAUGGCAACUGUGACCUCCAGGAGAACAAGUGCCCGCCUCAUUCUCAAGACAAUGUAUAGCACUUUGGACACAACCAGUGACUUGCACACAAUCUUCAAGAUACUGUGUCAAAAGAAUAUGUGUUGAUCUCUUCCUGUUAAUUAUUGCUUUUAUUUUGUUCAUCUCCUCCCCUACCUAACCUUUCGGGAAGAAUAAUUUAAUGACGUUCUGGUAUAAUUUAGUACUUUAUAUGGAGAAAAAGCACACCACAAAACUUAUGGACUGCCUUUCUGCCUCUAAAUGAGGGUGUCACCAGAUCUUUGGGCCCUUGGUACAAGGAGACGGAUGGAAAUGCAAACAUCUCGGAGAAACUAUUGCCACAAUCUUAAUAUCUUUCCAGACACGGUUUCUGUCAGUUGUUCCUAAUGGUUAGAGCAGUGCAACAGUGGAACCCAUUACCUCGGAAGGUGGUGAGCACUCCAACGCUGGAGGCGUUCAAGAAAAAAAAUGGAACAACCAUCUGCCACAUGUUUUGACUUGGAUGCCUGCAUUGAGCAGGGACUUGGAGUUGAUGGUCAACCAAUAGGCCCCUUCCAACUCCAUUAUUCUACCAUUAUAUGAAAUGGAGUGCCGCCAUCUUCAAAUGUUAAAAAAAAGAGUCAAGAUGGCCGUACCUGUGGGGCAUUGGGAUGUGUUUCUCUUGCUUAGCUCAAGUUAGGGGAAUUCACAAUGGCAUGUCCUGAGCUUGUACUGAGACACUACGUUUGUGUCUGACCUCAGAAUACCACAAAGGAUCGUAACAACAACUUCACCAACAUCACAGUGUUAAUUUAAUUUAUUUAAAUAAGGGCUAAACAGAGCUUUGGAGCCGUUCCUGUGUAAAGCACUUAAAAUGACAGCCACCUAAAAUGGGCCAUGCAGUGAAGCCAACACAAACUUUUUCUAAUGUAAACGAAACCUGUUGGGCCCCUUGUUGCUCCCUGAUAAAAAAUCAUCUUCCUUGGGUUCUGCUCCUUUUCCCUUCCCUUCAUCACUGGAUGGCUGCAACAUGAGGAUGAUUUGCAUAUGCAGACCACAAAUAGAUCUUCCAUAUCCCUUCACAGCACCAUCCUCUCCGACGGAAGCCAUACUUUAAAUAUAUUUUCUGCCAUGGGGCACUGAGUGAGAACUCACUUUAUGAUGGCCUUGGAGAUAUAAGUCAGGCCCUUUUGACCUUCAGCAAGAGUCUUGACAGUAAAACUGCUGUCUUCUAUUUCUUUUGUCAGCUCCUUGUUUGUCAUGCUGGCAUUUCCUUCCUCAGUGCUCCUUCAAAAAGCAGCUUCUCACACACAGUAAUACUCACCAGGUAGCAAAAGAAGCACAGUGUGAAGAGACAAGUCUCCUGGACCACUCAAUGCAUCAUGGAGCACCUUCUACUGGUUGCCCAUGGGUAUAAAUAUUCAACAAGGUUGGAGUUAAUGAGUAUAUCUAUGCUAUGUAGGUACGGCAAUUAGAUAGGUCCAAUACCAUGUUAACUGCCCAUCACUCCAGCGCCAGGAAAACCGAGAUUUGGUAAGGUGUUUUGAAUUUUCUUCUGUGGUUCCAGGAGCUGUACUAGGCGACCGUUGUUAAGUACCUCACUAAACUCAAAUCCCGGGAUUCUGUAGAAUUUAAGCAAGGUACUUAAACCGGUAUGAAAUAGACUUAGUUGUAUAGAUAUAGAUGCCCUCAAUAUCUUGUUGCCAUUGGCUUUUCUUCUUCUUCAGUGGAAGGCGUAAUAUCGUGCCUCUGGUUUGCUCCUGUGACUGACAGAAAGUGUACCUCCUGUUAUGUGUGUGAUCAUCUUCAGCUUGCAUCAAUGUGGCAGGACUCUUGUUCAGGUUCAGAUUCUGUGGGUUUUUGUUGGUGGUGUGAGAAGCGCAAACCUCAGUCCUCUUUCAUACCACUUCUUUCCUCUUGCAUGUCAGGCUCACAUCAAUACUCAAAGAAUGCUCUGCUCUUGAAAGAGGCAAUAUCCUUAAGCAGGUCCAGUAUCAGCACAUGGUAACCCAUUUGGGAAGCUGCUGGUUAUUGGUGGGGCCCAGUGCUGACUCAGGACCAGCUUUAAACCAGUUGUGUUUCAGUGUGCCCAAUCAAGACCAUCCAGAAAGGGCUAUGAGCUGCUCUUUUAAUUUCCCAUAAUGGUAUCCAGUGAGUGCAUGGAAAAGUCAUUCUUUGGAUUUCAAAUUCCAGAAUCCUCCGGCAGCUGGAACUGUUGUCCAAAACCAGUAAAUCUCCCAAGCCCUAACUUAGCAUUGCCCUGGGAUCCCACCACUAGAAGAAGAGGACCAUCGGAGGACACUCAGUUGAGGGUGUUUUCAAACCCGAAGACUAGAACUGAUCUUUAAGCUGUCCUCUCUAAUGAUAAAAACAAAAAAGAGUUCACAUAAACUCUUAUGGGAACAAGUAGAAUGUACUGGUUGAUUGUAAUUUCACACUGAGUCCUGAAGCAGGCCAGAGGGAACAGGCAGAUGGAUGUUCCCUCUCUCCCCACCCUCUUAAUUUUACUAUGUUUAUUCAUUAACUGGAAGUGGAUGUGUGCUACGACUUCAUUUCUCCAACCUGUGAAAUCAUGCAGGAACAUGUUUCUUAAGACUAUGCUUCAGAUGGCAGGAGGUGGGCAGGUAUGUUUUAAUCCUUCUCAACUUCAAAUCAACAAGCUCCCUAACCUAGAAAACUAGUGUGCAAGUAAGAAGGCCAAGCCCUUGCCCUUGAGAGGCUACUUCUCCAUUUGCGGGGAUGUUUUUUGAGUUUUGGAAAAGAUAGGAAAAAAAUUACAAAUUUUGUUUGCAUAUGGAGAAGGAAUCAAUAGCUAGUGGCAAAGGUACAAGAUUCAAAAUUUGGAAAUAAAGAACAGAAGAGUAGGAAAUGGGGGUGGGCUUUUGCCUUCGAACAAUACAUCAUAAAUUUGGUCCCUCUAAUGUUUAGUCAGAAUUCCUGACUAUUGGCCAUACUGUCUUGGGCCUUCUGGGAUUUGAAGUCUAAAACCUCUGGGAGCCCAAAACAUCCAAGCCAACAUCUUAUACCCUUGGAAUGUGGCAAACAAACUAAGCAGAUAAUUACAUCUCCUGGUUCUGCUUCAUGGAUCAUUUGGUCUUUAGAUUUUUUUAAAAAAAUCUUACAUUUAGGUCUCCUGAUAACUUAUAAAACAAUAUUUUAAUGUGUUUUGAAAAGAAGAGAACCUGUACAAAGUUCCCAUCUAAACAGUUUGAACUUUGCAUAAUCUCCUUAAGGCGGGUGCACAAUCUGAAUGGCAAAGCACAUACCUGUUGCUUCCACCUGCAAUAUGCAAAGUGACCCACUGGGAUCUUCCUUCUACUGUUAGCAGCACACAUUGCAGUUUUUGUCUUUCUUCUGCCAUUGUUAACGCUCUUCGUUUGUCUUUGUGUGUACAACUGCGACGGGUUUGUAUUACUUUGCAUGAGAAGAAGUGUGAGUGGUUAUCUCACAAGAUCAUGGGAUGAUCUUGUGGGACAGUGCCCUAUUGAAACUUGAAUGCAUUUUCCUCUCCUCCCUUCCCACCAAAGUAUUUUCAGGUUUGCACUUCCGAUGCCUAAUUCCCUUGUCUAAGAUGUAAACAAAACGACAUGCUGAGCUACAACUUGCAUUAGCCCUACUGUUUCGAGAAAAUAUGGACAUCAGGUGUUUUUUUUUAAUGUACUGUAACAAAACUAUGAUUUAUUGGUUGUGAGUGGUUGUGUCGUCACCUCUGCUUUUUUUGACAUGGGGAAAAUGUUUUUUAAAAUAUGGAUCUAUGCAAUGUUUGCUUGCUCUACUCUGUAAAGGAACUGUGUUUUUUAGAUACAUGCUAAAAAGAAGAAUGAGCAUGGA